AUGAAGCAAUAUAGCUUAGAGGACGAUGAAUGUUCAUGUGGGUUGUAUGAGGAAAGGCAUAUGUGGGUCCCAGCCUUUAUGAAGGAGCAAUUCUGGGCUUGGAUGAAGACAACGCAAAGGGUUGAAAGCAUUAACAAUUUUUUUGACGGGUUUGUAAACAGGAAAACAAAGAUGUAUGAAUUCCCGGACAAGUAUACUAGGGCAAUGGAGAGGCGUGUUGCUGCUGAUGAUGAUAGGUGUAGGAAGUAUGUUAGGCGUCUUGUGAGUGGGUUUCAUGUUGAGAAAUACUUCCAGGAAAUCUACACUGACACCAUGGAUGGGAAUGUGAUUCAGUACCUCCUUGAAGAUAGGGUGUGGAUUGUUUCGGAAGGGAAGAGCGAAGAAAAGAUUACUCAUAGGAGGAAGGUAAUCCGAGUGCAUGAUCAAAAUUUAAUUUUUGAUAUACCAUCCAAGUAUGUUCUUGAUAGGUGGCACAAAGAUGGAACUCGGAAGCACACUCGGGUUAAGAUUGCUUAUCACGAUCCAACUGAUAAUGUGGCAUAUCAGAGGUACAACAAAUUGAUGGAGGAGUUUAAGGCAAUAAGAAAAGUAGCAUCAGAUGUUGAUGACAAGAAAAGUUUUGAUCUUGUUGUUAAAUCUCUGCAAGCUCUUCAAUUAGAAGUCCAAAAAAUCCGAGAAAAGUUCCUAGAAAAUCAACCACCUGUACCAUUCCUACCAAGGACACUUUUACCCUCUUCUAAAAUAGCUUCAAACAACCCUGUCGAAUAG